GUGAGGCACAUGAAGACCUUCAACGCUGCUCUGCAACACCUCUCCACAUCUUCAUCAUCAUCAUCAUCAUCAUCAUCAUCAUCAUGCCUGUGACAGAGAUCAAAAACGUGCACUUCAAGCCCGGACAGACGUUGACUGUGAAGGCAGUACCCCAUGCUGAUGCCACCAGGAUUUCACUGAACAUCUGCUACAGUGAGCAAGACAUCGCUCUCCACGUUAACCCUCGCUUUGACAACAACACUGUGCUGUGCAACGCAUGCCAGAAGGGCUGCUGGGGGGAGGAGGUCUAUGGAAAAGGGUUUCCUUUCGCGCGGGGAGUGGCGUUUACUAUUACUGUCACUUUCCUCCCCGAAGAGUUUUUGGUGGCUCUACCAGAUGACAGCUUGAUCUAUUUCCCCAAUCGUCUGAGAGCAACGGAUUACCCUAACUUCUUUUCCAAGGGAGAGCUUUCCAUUGAGAGCUUUGAAAUUAAAUAAUUCUCCUCAACACUCACCACAGCCACUGUGACUUCACAGCUGACCUGAGCAUUUACAUUCAACACCGAACUACCAAUGUCAUGUGACUGAAUGCAUUAAAGCUCCUUACGAAAAGACUGGUGUUUCC